GGUGCAGGAAGUAUCAACCCAAAACGGAAUGACAAAGCCCAUAACCUGAGCGCGCCUCUGAACCAAAUAGCAGAAGCGGAUAACGGCAGCUCUUUUCCUUCUCUCCCUUUCCUCUGUCUAUCACUCUCUGUCCCUUUCUCACUCUCACCACUCUCUUCCUCUGAGAAGCAACACCUGCACCUCGUUCCACAGUCCAAAACCCAUACUAAUAAUAGUAGUAAUAAGACGAUGCUAGCAUGUCCUAGCAGCUCCCUCCAUGGCCUCGCCACGCUGCAACGCCAUUCCCAACCAUCUCACUUUCUCCUCUCCAAUUCUCUCUUCUUCCCUCCUUCCCAUCGCCUCGCCGCUUCCCGCAAAUGCAACUUCCGCUCGCUUCAUUGCGGCAGGAGUAGCUGUCGCUCCGCCUUCAGAGCAUCCGCGGACUCGCCGGAGGUGUCGGAGUCCGUCGUAGGCGACAGUGGCGUACUGCAACCGUAUUCCGUGAAGAUUCCCGUUGGUGAUAGACAUAUUUUGGUUGAGACUGGUCAUAUGGGAAGACAGGCAAGUGGCUCUGUUACAGUUACAGAUGGAGAGACUAUCGUGUACACAACUGUUUGCUUGGAUGAUGUUCCUAGUGAACCAUCUGACUUUUUCCCCCUUUCUGUUCAUUAUCAAGAGCGAUUUUCAGCAGCUGGUCGUACUAGUGGAGGGUUUUUCAAGCGAGAAGGAAAGACCAGAGACCAUGAGGUUCUUAUUUGUAGAUUAAUUGAUAGGCCUCUACGUCCUACCAUGCCAAAGGGAUUCUAUCACGAAACUCAAAUAUUGUCUUGGGUUUUGAGCUAUGACGGACUGCACUCCCCUGAUUCUUUGGCUGUCACUGCAGCUGGUAUAGCAGUUGCACUUUCAGAAGUGCCAAUGUCAAAAGCAAUUGCUGGGGUUCGUGUUGGUCUUGUUGGUGAUAAGUAUAUAGUAAAUCCUACUACCAAGGAGAUGGAACACUCUGAAUUGGACCUCUUGCUAGCUGGCACAGAUAGUGCAAUACUGAUGAUAGAGGUAUAGCAUUGUCCUUCUUGUGAA